GGCUCCUAGGUCGCAUAUAUAUUUACCGGAGACGUCUCCUACUAGUAUUUCGAAACCAUGGCUCUUAGGUCGCAUAUUAUUUCUCCUAGAGGAGACGUGUUAAGUCUCCUAACGAAAUACCCACGAUUCACUAUUUCCACAACGGUCCUGCGUGGAGAUCGCCGAAUCGCAAGGCAGCAGAUGUACGCGAUUGUCAAGGGAACUGGGAAUCGAAAAGCUCAUGCAUGCAGGUCCAUGUUAAUUAUAGAACUGCGUGGAGAUGGCACUCCGCUGACUCGACUCGCCCAUUUGGACACCCCACACCUUCCAAUUUAUUUAUUUUUUACAGCUUCCCGUGUAAUACAAAACAUCCUGGGCGGCACUGUAAUAACGUAAUAACCCCACCCAAGACCAUACAUCCCCAUAGUAACCACUUUACUUUAAUUGAACCAGCAGCUGCAACAGCAUUUGAGAAGGAUAGACCUUCUGAAGAAGAUGAAUCGAUUAAACGAACAUGACGGUGAAGCUCAAGCUAGUACCCGUAACUCAACCAGAGACGUUGAGAAUCAACCAGACCAACUUGAUCAAGCGGUAAUGGAUAGCCUCAUCAAGCGAGCAGAGGCAGUAGCCGCACAGCAGCAGCAUCAAGACGAUCAUCAGCCUGACCGGCUUGACGACGACUCAGCAGUAAUGGACAGCCUCAUCAAGCGAGCAGAGGCAGAAGCUGCACAGCAGUACCAAGAUGACGCACAUCAGUACAGAGAUGAAGAAUCUGACCCCAAAAAAGCUCAAGUGACAGACAAAGCUUCCACUACUACUCAUACUAGAAGCAAAAAAGAAGCCAAGUCAGAGGACGAUGAAGCAACAAGAAAAAUCAUGGAGAUUGUGGUAGAACAAGCUGGUCUGGCAAACGACAAGCGUGUCAAACAGGUCAACAGAGCCCGUCCCGCUGGUGCUCAUGACCAAGAAAAUACGCUGGAAGUGACCACAGAGACACCGGGACUACAGCAGCAGAUGCAAAUCACGGAAAACCAAGUGCCGCCGUUGGUGGUCCUCAUGACCAAGCAAAUACGCUCGAAGAGACCACACUUAUCCGUUCCACCAUCCAACAACAGCGGCAACAAGUCUUGGUGCCCGGAGCCUACCCCAUGGCAGGGCCGGGAAAUCCGAAUUUAA